CUUCCCUGUGGCCGCAGUGAAGUGAGUGGAAAGCGGAGUCUCGCCUGCAGCCUGCCUGCCUGCCUGGGAAUCCCGUUAAACCACACCAGCGGCCACUGCCAUGGCUGAACGCCGCGCUUUCGCCCAAAAAAUCAGCAGGACUGUGGCAGCAGAGGUCAGGAAGCAGAUAGCAGGCCAGUAUGGGGGCUCACCACAACUCUUCAAGAACAUCAAUGCAGGGACCACAACAACUAACACAGUUCCCCUCACAGAGGCGGUGGAGCCGGUGGAUUUUGAGGAGUACCUCAUCACUCACCCUCCCAUCGUUGAGUCAGGCCCCCUGAGAGAUCUGAUUGAGUUUCCUCCUGAUGAUAUUGAGGUCAUCUACACACCCAGGGAGUGUCGCACAGUGGCACAAGCAGUCCCAGAAGAAGGGGACACUGAUGCUCAUGUUAGAGACUGUGUCAGAUCCUACACUGAAGACUGGGCCAUCGUCAACAGAAAAUACCACAAGCUUGGCACAGGCUUUAACCCCAACACUCUGGACAAGCAGAAGGAACGUCAGAAAGGCCUGCCCAAACAAGUGUUUGAGGCAGAUGAGAUGCCAGAGAACAGCAGCUACCAGGAUGACCAGGAUGACCUGAAGCGACGGUCGAUGUCUAUAGAUGACACCCCACGUGGCAGCUGGGCCUGCAGCAUCUUUGACUUGAAGAACUCCCUCCCCGAUGCGCUCCUCCCUCACCUCCUCGACCGCGCCCCAAAUGAGGAGAUUGACAGACACAACGAAGAGCUGCGCAAGGCCAACCGCCACAGAGAACUCUUUGCUUUGCACCCGGCCCUUGACGAGGAGGAGCCCAUUGAGCGCCACUGUGUGCCUGAAGUACCGAAAGAACACUUUGGCCAGAGGCUACUCGUCAAGUGCUUGUCCUUGAAGUUCGAGAUCGAAAUUGAACCCAUAUUUGCUAGUUUGGCCUUAUACGAUGUCAAGGAAAAGAAAAAGAUUUCAGAGACCUUUUUCUUCGACCUCAACUCCGAGCAGACGAAGGGGAUGCUACGUCCGCACAUUCAGACAGCAGCCAUCUCCACGCUGGCCCGCUCUGCCAUAUUCUCCAUCACCUACCCCUCCCAGGAUGUCUUCCUUGUCAUCAAGUUGGAGAAGGUACUGCAGCAAGGUGAUAUUGGAGAGUGUGCUGAGCCAUACAUGGUCUUCAAAGAGUCAGAUGCUGCCAAGAAUAAAGAGAAGUUGGAGAAACUUCGCAGCGGGUCAGAGCAGUUCUGCCAACGUCUUGGUCGAUAUCGCAUGCCCUUUGCUUGGACCGCCAUUCACCUGAUGAACAUUGUGAACAGCGCAGGAAGUCUUGAAAGAGAUACUGAGCUGGAGAUGAGCCUUUCAGAGAGAAAGGGCUCAUGGUCAGAACGGAGAAACUCAAGCAUCAUGGGAAGGCGUUCACUGGAGAGGACCACCAGUGGAGACGAGUCAUGCAGUCUUACAGGCUUUAGACCUGCAACACUUACCAUCACCAACUUCUUUAAACAGGAAGGAGACAGGCUGAGUGAUGAGGAUUUGUUUAAGUUCCUAGCUGAUAUGAGAAGACCUUCUUCAGUGCUGAGGAGACUCAGACCCAUCACAGCCCAGUUGAAAUUGGACAUUUCUCCAGCUCCAGAGAACCCCCACUAUUGCUUGACCCCUGACCUCCUGCAGGUUAAACCGUACCCAGACAGCAGAGUACGCCCAACCAGGGAGAUCCUUGAAUUCCCUGCCAGGGAUGUCUACGUGCCAAACACCACAUACAGGAAUUUGCUGUAUGUGAACCCUCAGAGUCUAAACUUCGCUAACCGACAAGGCUCCGCCCGCAACAUCACAGUCAAAGUGCAAUUCAUGAAUGGAGAGGAUCCAAACAAUGCAAUGCCGGUGAUAUUUGGGAAGUCCAGCUGUGCUGAUUUCUACAAAGAAGCCUAUACUUCUGUGGUGUACCAUAACAGAUCCCCCGACUUUCAUGAUGAGGUCAAGAUCAAGCUGCCUGCAUCCCUGUCGGACCACCACCACAUUCUCUUCACCUUUUACCACGUCAGCUGUCAGCAGAAGCAGAACACACCGCUGGAGACCCCUGUGGGAUACACGUGGAUCCCCAUGCUGCAGAAUGGACGUCUGCGGACAGGACACUUCUGUCUGCCUGUGUCUCUGGAAAAACCUCCACAAUCCUACUCCGUUCUCUCACCAGAUGUUCCUCUCCCAGGGAUGAAGUGGGUUGACAACCACCGAGGAGUAUUUAAUGUGGAAGUGGUGACUGUUUCAGCCAUCCACACACAGGACCAGUAUCUGGAUAAGUUCUUCGCUUUGGUUCACGCCCUGGACGAGCACAUGUUCCCAGUCAGGAUAGGUGACAUGCGCAUCAUGGAGAACAACCUGGAGGCCGAGCUCAAGUCCAGCAUUGCGGCGUUAAACUCUUCCCAGCUGGAGCCAGUGGUUCGAUUUCUUCACCUUCUGCUUGACAAGCUGGUGUUGCUCGUUGUGCGGCCGCCAGUCAUUGCCGGGCAGAUUGUCAAUCUGGGCCAGGCAUCCUUCGAGGUCAUGGCAUCCAUAGUGAACCGCCUUCAUAAGUACUUGGACACCAGCCAAGACAUGCAUGGCCGCAACGGCCUGCUGUCAUCUUACAUCCACUACGUCUUCCGCUUGCCCAGCGCAGACCCCAACUCGCCUUCCCCAGACCCCAACUCAUCCAUAACAGGCCCGGGAGGGUUGGGAGGCUCGGUUCACUAUGCCACUAUGGCUCGUUCAGCUGUUCGCCCAGCGAGCCUCAACCUCAAUCGCUCCCGUAGCCUUAGCAACAGUAACCCUGACAUCUCUGGUACUCCCACCUCUCCUGACGAUGAGGUCCGCGCCAUCAUUGGCAGCAAGGGCUUAGACCGCUCCAACUCGUGGGUGCACACCAUGGGCUGUAAGAGUGCCCCCUGGGGAUCCAGCCCUGGGUCUGCUCCAGAAACCAUGCAGGCCAUGGAGCGCUGUGGCAAUCGCAUGUCUUCGCACACUGAGAGCGCCAGUUUCUUGCAAACUUUAACAGGACGGUUGCCCACAAAAAAGCUCUUCCACGAGGAGCUGGCCCUCCAGUGGGUGGUAAGCAGUGGAAGUGUCAGGGAGGGCGCUCUACAACAAGCCUGGUUUUUCUUUGAACUCAUGGUGAAAAGCAUUAUCCACCACCUGUACUUCACCGAUCGUUUGGAGUCACCCAGGAAGAACCGUUUCCCAGAACGCUUCAUGGAUGACAUCACAGCCUUGGUCAGCACCAUCGCUGGUGAUAUUGUGUCUCGCUUCCAGAAGGACCUAGAGUUGGUGGAGAGACUAAACACUAGUCUGGCCUUCUUUCUCAACGAUUUGCUGUCAGUCAUGGACCGAGGUUUUGUCUUCACCCUUAUCAGGGCUUACUGGAAACAGGUGUCCACAAAGCUUUACGCUCUGCAGAACCCAACCCUGGAGUCUCUGAGGCUUGAUUUCUUGAGAAUCGUUUGCAGCCACGAACACUACGUUACCCUCAACCUGCCCUGCAGUCUGCUCACCCCUCCUGCCUCCCCCUCCCCCUCUGUAUCUUCAGCAACUUCACAGAGCUCUGGGUUCUCCACGCAUGUCCAGGACCAAAAGAUAGCCAACAUGUUUGAGCUGUCCGUCCCUUUCAGAGAGCAACACUUUCUGGCUGGACUGGUUCUGUCCGAACUGUCUGUAAUACUGGACCCAGAAAAUGAGGGGAUGUUCGGCCUACAUAAGAAAGUUGUGAGUGUGGUCCAUAACCUGCUGUCCAGCCAUGACUCUGACCCGCGCUACGCUGAUCCUGAGGUUAAGGCCAGAGUCGCCAUGCUUUACCUUCCUCUUAUCGGCAUCGUCAUGGAAUCACUACCACAUCUCCAUGACUUCACAGAGUCCCAUAACCAGUGGGGUCGGCCAGGCGGUCCCCAGGGGGCAGCGGUUGGCAGCAGUGGAGAAGAGGCAGAGGGCGACGGUAACAGCUUGAUCAGUCAGACUGUCGCCAUGGCAAUAGCAGGCACUUCCACGUCUUCCCCAAUGUCCCGACCAAGCAGCUUCUUGCUCAACUCGCAGGCGAGUCGUCAGCACGGUAGCUUCUCGGCCGAGUCAAGUCGUAGUCUGCUCAUCUGUCUGCUGUGGGUGCUGAAGAACGCAGACGAGCUGGUGUUACAGAAGUGGUUCACAGAUCUGUCUGUGUCACAGCUUAACCGCCUGCUGGAUCUCCUCUACCUCUGUGUCUCCUGCUUUGAGUACAAGGCCCAUGUUGUGUUCACCAUGCAGGGGAAGAAGGCGUUUGAGCGAAUGAACAGCCUGACCUUUAAGAAGUCCAAAGACAUGAAGGCCAAGCUGGAGGAGGCCAUACUGGGCAGCAUCGGAGCCAGACAGGAAAUGGUGCGACGCAGCCGCGGACAGCUAGAGCGGAGUCCAUCUGGCAGCGCUUUUGGCAGUCAGGAGAACCUACGAUGGAGGAAGGACAUGACCCACUGGAGGCAAAACAGUGAAAAGAUGGACAAGAGUCACAAAGCCGUCAGGACCAGAGCAGAGCUUGAACAUGAAGCACUUAUCGAUGGUAACCUGGCAACAGAAGCCAACAUAAUUAUUCUUGAUACUUUGGAGAUCGUUGUGCAGACGGUAUCAGUGACUGAGUCCAAGGAGAGCAUCCUGGGUGGGGUGCUGAAGGUGCUGCUUCAUAGCAUGGCCUGUAACCAGAGCGCCCUCUACCUCCAGCAUUGUUUUGCCACACAGAGGGCGCUGGUGUCAAAGUUUCCUGAACUGCUGUUUGAGGAGGAGACAGAGCAGUGUGCUGACCUGUGUUUGCGGUUGUUGAGGAGCUGCAGCAGCAGCAUCAGCACCAUCAGGGCCCAUGCGAGCGCCUCCCUCUACCUACUCAUGAGGCAAAACUUUGAGAUUGGCAACAACUUUGCAAGAGUGAAGAUGCAAGUCACCAUGUCUCUGUCUUCGCUGGUGGGAACGUCUCAAAAUUUCAACGAGGAGUUUCUGCGUCGCUCUCUGAAGACCAUCCUCACCUACGCAGAGGAAGACCUGGAGCUGAGGGAGACCACAUUCCCAGAUCAGGUCCAGGACCUUGUGUUUAACCUGCACAUGAUCCUGUCUGACACAGUCAAGAUGAAGGAGCACCAGGAAGACCCUGAGAUGCUGAUAGAUCUCAUGUACAGGAUCGCCAAGGGUUACCAGACGUCACCAGACCUGCGGCUGACGUGGCUGCAGAAUAUGGCUGGUAAACACUCAGAGAGGAACAACCACGCUGAGGCCGCUCAGUGUCUAGUACACAGCGCUGCACUGGUAGCAGAAUACCUGAGCAUGCUGGAAGACCGCAAGUACCUGCCUGUGGGCUGUGUCACUUUCCAGAAUAUUUCCUCCAACGUGCUCGAGGAAUCUGCAGUAUCGGAUGAUGUAGUGUCGCCUGAUGAAGAAGGCAUUUGCUCAGGGAAAUACUUCACUGAGAUCGGCCUCGUGGGACUCCUGGAGCAAGCUGCUGCCUCUUUUUCCAUGGCGGGCAUGUAUGAGGCUGUGAACGAAGUGUACAAGGUACUGAUCCCUAUCCAUGAAGCUAGCAGGGACGCAAAGAAGCUAGCCACCAUUCAUGGUAAACUACAGGAAGCCUUUGGAAAAAUUGUACAUCAGAGUACUGGCUGGGAGAGGAUGUUUGGUACGUACUUCAGAGUGGGAAUCUACGGUUCAAAGUUCGGAGACUUAGACGAGCAGGAGUUUGUGUACAAAGAGCCGGCCAUCACCAAGCUGGCAGAAAUCUCCCACAGGCUAGAGGGUUUCUACGGCGAGCGAUUUGGAGAGGAGCAGGUUGAAGUCAUUAAGGACUCAAACCCAGUGGACAAGUGCAAACUGGACCCAAAUAAGGCGUUCAUCCAGAUCACAUACGUGGAGCCGUACUUUGACACGUACGAAAUGAAGGACCGCAUCACUUACUUUGACAAGAACUACAAUCUGCGUCGUUUUGUCUACUGCACUCCCUUCACCCUGGACGGGCGAGCACACGGGGACCUGCACGAGCAGUACAAACGCAAAACCAUCCUCACCACGUCCCACGCCUUCCCUUACAUCAAGACGCGCAUCAACAUCAUCCACAAAGAGGAGAUUAUCUCCACGCCCAUCGAGGUUGCAAUAGAAGACAUGCAGAAGAAGACUCAGGAGCUGGCCUUUGCCACCCACCAGGACCCGGCUGACGCGAAGAUGCUGCAGAUGGUGCUGCAGGGAUCAGUGGGCACGACUGUCAACCAGGGUCCUUUGGAGGUGGCUCAGGUGUUCCUGUCUGAGAUACCAAGCGACCCCAAACUGUACAGACACCACAAUAAGCUACGGCUCUGCUUCAAGGACUUCACAAAGAGGUGUGAAGAUGCCCUGCGUAAGAACAAGAGCCUGAUUGGUCCGGACCAGAAGGAGUACCAGAGGGAGCUGGAGAGGAACUACCACCGGCUGAAGGAGGCGCUGCAGCCCCUCAUCAACAGAAAGAUUCCUCAGCUUUAUAAACCUGUACUGCAGGUCAACUCACACAGCAAACGGACAGCUUGACAAGAGAUUCCUUCAGCAGAAUGAGUCUCCGCAAGCUUGACAUUUGAAGAUGAAGUCACACGCGCACACACACACACACACACGCACACACUAGCACAAACACGUUUCAGAAAAUUGCAAUAUUAAUUUAUUCUUGAGUGUACAUAGGAGUGUGUUCAGAGGAGGUCGUUGUUUCAGAGAGCGUGCAAAAAGGAAGGUUUAAAGUGUUACAGCUUGGUACGUCAUUCCAGUGUCUUAAAUAGUUUACAAACUGUUUCACAGCGAGAGGGACGAACAAGUCGAUCUUAAAGGUUAAACAGAUACCUUGGCAUUUACUAUCAUUUCUUUGCUGGCUGUUUGUCAAACAAGGAAACAAGUCUAUGAUUAUCUCCUACUAAUUUUAGCCACGACUUCUGAACCCAUCAGAAUCUGUGUGAAUCAAACCAACGAGCCGCUGAUUUCAGAGAAUGACGUCAUCCCUGCGUUUGUUUUCAAAAGGUGCCAAAAAAAAAAGGUUUUCUUCUAUUUUUUAUUUCCAGCCAGACUUUGACAAAUAUCUGCAGAGAAGGUACGGUUUUAAAAGUCAAGGUGUCUAUUUAAUAAUGUGUCAAAAAUCUGUAUUCAAUUUCAUGUGUGCACUUUUUUUAUUACCGUGUAGCAAUGCAUUUUACAACUUGAAGAUUAUGUCGUUGGAAAAAAAAGGAAAACGUGCAAAAAAUGGUACCAUUAUUUAUCAUGAUGCUUUAUUAUUAUUAUUAUUAUUAUGAUUCUUUUUAGUUAAAGGAUGUUUCAAAGCUCGCUACUUUAAACAUCCUUUAUUAUUUUAUGUAGUUUUGUUUUAUUUGAAAUAUUUUACUAAAUAAAUAUUUUAAUGUUC